CCCAAGAGCCUUUCAACAAUGCCAGUGUAGUCUUCGCACCACUUUGGAGUCAGACUGCCUCGAUUUCAUUUCUUCUUUUUGCUAAUCAAAUAAAACAAACACACGCGUUCCUUUUCGAAGUAUGACUGGAGUAUUCGAUCGGAGGAUCCCGAGUGUGAAAACGGCAGACUUCCAGAGCUCAUUUCCACUUUCUACCAUGCACCAUCCUUCUCAGGAAUCUCCUACUUUACCGGAGUCCACCGCCACGGAUUCUGGCUACUACAGUCCCGCCGGCGGAGUCCCUCACGGCUACUGUUCGCCCAGCUCCACCUCGUACGGGAAGCCUCUCAAUGCCUACCAGUACCAGUACCCCGGUGUAAAUGGAUCCGCUGGAAAUUACUCGACCAAAGCCUACACCGAUUACAGCUCAUACACGACCCCUGCGUACCACCAGUAUGCUGGGACUUACAGCAGAGUGCAAGCCCAGCCGAGUCCACAAGAAAAGGAGAUAAGCGAGCCUGAGGUGAGGAUGGUGAACGGCAAGCCGAAGAAAGUGAGGAAACCCCGGACAAUCUACUCCAGCUUCCAGCUGGCCGCCCUGCAGAGGCGGUUUCAAAACACACAGUAUCUGGCUCUGCCGGAGAGAGCCGAGCUGGCCGCCUCGAUGGGACUCACGCAAACACAGGUAAAAAUUUGGUUCCAGAACCGGAGAUCAAAACUGAAGAAGAUCAUGAAAAACGGCGAGCUUCCCCCGGAGCACAGCCCAAGUUCCAGCGACCCCAUGGUGUGCAACUCUCCACAGUCCCCGGCCGUUUGGGACACACAGGGCCCCUCCAGGCCGCACAGCCUACAGCCACAAAACAUCAACACGGCGACUUCUAACUUUUUAGAAAACUCGGGGUCUUGGUACACCUCGGCCGGCAGCUCCAUGACUGCCCACCUGCAGACCCCUAAUUCGAUACAGCACUCGUUGGCUCUUGGAGCGGGGACGAUAUAUUGAAGGGAAAAAACCCUGUUGUUCAUUUCAGAUCUUUUUUUUUUCUCCUUCUAUGGGACUCGUGUUCAAAUUUCAGAGGAAUAUGCAAUGUAUUUGAUGGCAGUCAUAGAAGAAACGUGUAAAAUGUGUAAAUGUGUGCAUGUAAUUUAUUGCAUUUUGGAAGACUAUUAAACGUUUAAAUGGACAA